CGCCCGUCUGACCCUCUACUUUCCUCUCUUCUCUUCUCCUCCCCAUCCCAUCACCUCCACCACUAUACUACACUCCUCCCCUCCAGCUCCGCUCCAUUGACAUAUACCCGCCUACUAUCUUCUCCCUCGACUAGCACCAUCAUGUCUGACACGGCGGGAAAGAGCAUCAUCUGCAAGGCUGCCGUGGCCUGGGAAGCUGGCAAAGACCUGGUCAUUGAGGACGUCGAGGUCCUCCCGCCCCGAGCCCAUGAAGUCCGCAUCCAGGUGCACUACACUGGCGUGUGCCACACAGAUGCCUACAUGCUGAGCGGAAAGGACCCCGAAGGAGCCUUCCCCGUCAUUGCUGGACACGAGGGUGCUGGCAUUGUCGAGAGCGUGGGAGAAGGUGUCACUAACGUGAAGGUCGGCGACACAGUCAUUGCGUUGUACACACCAGAAUGCGGGGAAUGCAAGUUCUGCAAGUCUGGCAAGACCAACCUCUGCGGCAAAAUCCGUGCUACUCAAGGAAAAGGUGUCAUGCCUGAUGGCACUUCGCGCUUCAAGUGCAAGGGCAAGGACCUCCUUCACUUCAUGGGCUGCUCCACUUUCUGCCAAUACACCGUCCUCGCCGACAUCUCCGUCGUAGCCGUCACCCCCGAUGCCCCCAUGGACCGCACGUGUCUCCUCGGCUGUGGUAUCACUACCGGCUACGGUGCAGCAGUCAUCACUGCCGGCAAAGGUGGUGUGGAGAAGGGCUCCAACGUUGCCGUCUUCGGUGCUGGUUGUGUUGGUCUCUCUGUCAUCCAGGGCGCUGUCAAGCAAGAAGCGGCCAAGAUUAUUGUGGUGGAUGUCAAUGACUCUAAGAAGGAAUGGGCCAAGAAGUUUGGUGCUACCGAUUUCGUCAAUCCUGCCAAGGAUCUCAAGGAGGGGGAGAACAUCCAGACAAGACUGAUUGAGAUGACGGACGGAGGCUGUGACUACACCUUUGACUGCACAGGCAAUGUCCAUGUUAUGAGAUCUGCCCUCGAGGCCUGCCACAAGGGCUGGGGAGAGAGCAUCAUCAUUGGUGUCGCAGCUGCAGGACAGGAAAUUGCCACGAGACCAUUCCAACUCGUCACCGGUCGUGUAUGGAAGGGUUGUGCAUUCGGCGGUGUCAAGGGCCGCAGCCAAAUGGGUGGUCUCGUCCAGGAUUACAUGGACAACAAGCUCAAGGUCGACGAGUUCAUCACGCAUCGACAGCCACUCGGCAAGGUCAACCAGGCCUUCCACGACAUGCACGCUGGCGACUGCAUUCGCUGUGUCGUUGACAUGCGCACGGUCUAAGUGGCGGGACAACAAAUGUAUCUUCUAAUGAGUUUAUGAGCAACAUGUGAAUGAAAAUGGUGGUCAAUUGACACGUACUUGUGUGAUGGCAAAAAUGCAGUAUUGAACGAUUGCUGCGAAAUAAUGGGAGGGCAAGGACUCGACGAGGAGAGUUGGACAGACUGUACAGAUCUAUGUAGAUGUGCCUGCCGCUCCUCGGAAGUAUCAUAUUACCUACUUGCUAUCCUCAGUUACUUAGGAGAGAUGCAAUUCCAGUUACA